AUGCCGUCUUUAGCAGCAGCCAGACUACGUGAACUCCUGGCCGAUGAGAACAAGAUUAUCGUCUGCCCUGGGGUGUAUGAUGGUUUAACGGCUAGGAUAGCCCUUCAUGAAGGAUUCGACGCGAUAUACAUGACUGGUGCCGGAACUACAGCCUCUCGAUUGGGACAACCAGAUUUGGGCGUCAUCACCCUGAAUGAAAUGCGCGGAACAGCAGAGAUGAUCGCUAAUCUCGAUCCGUCAGUUCCGCUCAUUGCAGACGCGGAUACUGGGUUUGGAGGGUCCCUCAUGGUUCAUCGCACCGUCACCGAAUAUAUCCGGGCUGGGGUCGCUGCAUUACAUCUGGAAGACCAACCCAUCACCAAGCGCUGCGGACAUUUGAGCAACAAACAGCUCGUCUCGGAAGAAGAGUAUCUGAGCCGCAUUCGCGCCGCAGUGAACGCCCGCUGCCGUUCCAAUGGCGAUAUCGUUUUGAUUGCCCGCACGGACGCUCUGCAGUCUCUAGGAUACGAAGAAGCCAUCUCUCGACUGAAAGGUGCGAUCGAACUUGGGGCCGACGUGGCCUUUUUAGAGGGGGUCGCGUCCAAGGAGCAGGCGCGACAAGUGUGUGAAGCCUUGAAGCCAACUCCAGUCUUGUUCAAUGCUGUCCCUGGCGGAGUAUCUCCGGAUCUUUCGGUCCAGGAAGCUCAAGAUUUAGGAUUUCGCAUAAUCAUCUUUCCCGGGUUAGCGCUAGAGGCAGUGUCAACAGCAGUGCGGAGUGCCGUUAAGCAACUGAAGGAAACAGGAACACAACCUGUCCGAGCGGGAAGUAGUCCAAGGGAUCUGUUUAAUGUGGUGGGGUUACAAGAGGCAGUGGCUUUGGAUCACGCAGCAGGCGGCAAACUGUAUGAGAAAGGGGUUUAAGUGGUAUGUAUAAGCGUGUCAGAUUCCUGCAAGCCACAGACAGAUGCACACAAAAUGAAUUUGUGUGCAAUAAGGCCAGCCGAAUAAAAAAUUCUGCGAGUCCGCCGGUGGGUGGCAGUGUAUGAUUAUUAUUGUCCAAUUCCUCUCGGAUGAAAUAUGUUGAUUGAACAACUCCCAAAGCAUUAAGCUGUCCCCCCACUGCCACUCCAACAUAUCAUCGCUGCUACGCCCGGCAGAGUUCGAUUCG